AGGGUCCAUAUAUUUAGAAUACCAUGCGUCGAGUCACAGCUGCUCAGGGACGAACGCGAAGAGCAGAAGUCGGAUGACAAGCGUCCUACGAUCCAGACACGAGUCCUCGCACACUUCCCUUUCCUGCUGGAAAUAUGGUACUGGUUACUGACGUAUUGGGUACUGUACCUGUUCCGCAUGGGAGUUUACUGAUGAUCUACCAAGGACUCCGAGCCGUCUCCGCGAGACUGAUCGCCGGAAAUAAACCCAUCUUUGACAUCGCUGAGCGCCAUGCGCACCAGAUUCUCGCCCUGGAACAUACAUUGCACGUAGACGUGGAGCUAUCCGUCCAACGAUUCGUUUUGGAACGCACACCUUGGUUGAUGCCCUUGCUGGCCCGCGUAUACUACUCACACAUUGUGAUCGGAGUGCUGUUCCUCGUAUACAGUUACACGCUCUACCCCCGCGACAAGUACCAAAGCAUCAGGCGUGCUCUUGCCCUAGAGAAUAUCAUCGCCUUUACGCUCCUCACCCUGUGGCGCUGUGCACCCCCGCGUCUGCUCCCGGAGGAAGACGGCUUCAUCGAUAUUCUUCACAGCAGCAGGAGCGGGUCCGCGUGGACACAAAACAAGUUCCAGCUGACCAUCGCGGCGAUGCCGUCGCUUCACUUCGGGAACUCGGUGCUGAUCGCGCUGUGUCUGUGGAGGUUCAGUCCGCACUGGUACAUCCGGGCUGUGGCGCCGAUGUGGCCCGUCAUGAUGGGGUUGACUAUCAUUGCGACUGCGAACCACUUCCUUCUUGACGCUUUGGUUGGGGCUGGAGUCACGCUGACGGCGUACCGGUUCAAUGCGGCGAUGCUGUAUCUGCUGCCGGUGGAGCGCGUGCUCUUUUGGCUGCUUCGCAUUGAGAAGCCAACAGCACCAACCUCUCGGCCCCCAAAUCCAGAACACUGUUCUCCACCAUACUUCAUAUCGAAAUCAGCCGCACAUGCCAAACACGUUCUAGACUAAACGACUAAACCGACAAUCCCCAAUUUCUCGUACGUAAGCAUGCACAGUACACUGCACAGACAACUAGCUAGCUCCUUUUCCCAGAUGAACCUCACAAACCAAUAGUUAUAGGUAGUAAACUCUUCCCCAGCAAAUGAUAUAUCCCAAUUGAGGAAGAGAACUCGGAUGGACAUACUCCAUAACACCUAGGUGUAUACCACCCAUAGUACCGUCGAUCAAACAAGGAGCACAUGAUUCCUAGUUAGUAAACGGCUACUGUGUCCUUAUUCCAAUCCUAAUCUAAUUCUAAUCCUCAGCUCAUUUUAUCCUGACUCCGCACGAUGCGGAGAUACCUUAGUAAGCGCGAGGAUCAUCAUGGAAGAUUUCGGGGAGAGAAGAGUGGGGAAGGGAGC